GGGAGCGGAAGUGACGCGUUUGUCCCGCGCUGGCUGGCGCUGUAGCGUCUCUCCUUAGUCUCCGGCGGCGGGCGGUGCUGGCGUUCGUUUUGACUCAAAUGGGUGAUGAAAAGGACUCUUGGAAAGUGAAAACUUUAGAUGAAAUUCUUCAGGAAAAAAAACGAAGGAAGGAGCAAGAAGAGAAGGCAGAGAUAAAACGCAUUAAAAAUUCUGAUGAUCGGGAUUCAAAGCGGGAUUCCCUUGAAGAGGGGGAGCUGAGAGAUCACCGUAUGGAGAUAACAAUCAGGAAUUCACCUUACAGGAGAGAAGAUUCUAUGGAAGAUAGAGGAGAGGAGGAUGAUUCCUUGGCUAUCAAACCACCACAGCAAAUGUCACGGAAGGAAAAAGCACAUCACAGGAAAGAUGAGAAGAGGAAAGAGAAACGCAGACAUCGUAGUCAUUCAGCAGAAGGAGGGAAGCAUGCCAGGGUAAAAGAGAAGGAACGUGAGCAUGAACGUAGGAAAAGACAUCGAGAAGAGCAGGAUAAGGCUCGACGUGAAUGGGAAAGGCAGAAGAGGAGGGAAAUGGCUAGGGAGCAUUCCAGGAGGGAGAGGGAUCGUCUAGAGCAGCUUGAGCGAAAACGAGAACGGGAGAGAAAAAUGCGAGAGCAACAAAAAGAGCAAAGGGAACUAAAAGAACGGGAAAGGCGAGCUGAAGAAAGGCGCAAGGAACGGGAGGCCAGACGAGAAGUUUCUGCACAUCAUAGAACAGUGAGGGAAGAUUAUGGAGACAAAGUAAAAAUAAGAACCUGGAGUCGCAGCCCAUUACGACAGCAAAGAGAGAAGCUUGAGCAAGGAGAUGGCAGGAAGCCAGUAAAAGAGGAGAAAACAGAGGAAAGAGACCUGCUUUCAGAUUUGCAAGACAUCAGUGACAGUGAGAGAAAAACUAGCUCAGCAGAGUCUUCGUCAGGAGAAUCUGGAUCUGGUUCAGAGGAAGAGGAGGAAGAAUCUAGCAGUGGAGAAUCAGAAGAGGAGGAGGAGGAAGAGGAGGAGGAGGAGGAAGAAGAGGAGGAGGAGGAGGAGGAGACAGGAAGCAAUUCUGAGGAAGUGUCUGAACAGUCAGCUGAAGAGGUGAGUGAAGAAGAAAUGAGUGAAGAAGAAGAGCAAGAGAAUGGAAAUCACAUUCCAGUUGUUACAGAGUCAAGGUUUGAUCGAGAUUCAGCUGGAAGUGAAGGAGAAGAGGAGGAAGUGGGGGAGGAGACCCCACAUUCCAAUGCAAUGACAGAAGGAGAUUAUGUUCCUGAUUCUCCAGCUUCAUCACCCAUUGAGUUGAAACAAGAGCUACCCAAGUACCUUCCUGCAUUGCAGGGAUGUCGUAGUGUGGAGGAAUUUCAGUGUUUGAACAGGAUUGAAGAAGGAACAUAUGGUGUGGUGUACAGGGCAAAAGACAAAAAAACUGAUGAAAUUGUGGCUCUGAAGCGACUGAAAAUGGAAAAGGAAAAAGAAGGCUUUCCCAUUACCUCUCUACGAGAAAUAAACACCAUUCUGAAAGCACAGCACCCAAAUAUAGUCACUGUUAGAGAAAUUGUUGUGGGCAGUAAUAUGGAUAAAAUCUAUAUUGUAAUGAAUUAUGUAGAACAUGACCUCAAGAGUCUGAUGGAAACGAUGAAACAGCCAUUUUUACCAGGUGAAGUGAAAACUUUGAUGAUUCAGUUAUUACGUGGAGUCAAGCACCUUCAUGACAACUGGAUACUUCAUCGGGACUUAAAGACCUCCAACCUGCUGCUGAGUCAUAAAGGCAUUUUAAAGGUUGGAGAUUUUGGACUGGCCCGAGAGUAUGGGUCACCUCUGAAGCCUUAUACACCUGUAGUUGUGACACUGUGGUACAGGGCACCAGAGCUGUUACUUGGUGCUAAGGAAUACUCCACUGCAAUAGACAUGUGGUCAGUAGGUUGUAUAUUUGGAGAACUGUUAACUCAGAAACCGCUGUUUCCAGGAAAAUCAGAUAUUGACCAGAUUAACAAAAUUUUUAAGGACCUGGGUACCCCGAGUGAGAAAAUCUGGCCUGGGUACAAUGAGCUGCCAGCUGUAAAGAAGAUGACAUUCACAGAAUAUCCCUAUAACAACUUGCGCAAGAGGUUUGGGGCGCUCCUUUCUGAUCCAGGUUUUGAUCUCAUGAACAAGUUCUUGACAUACUAUCCAGGCAGAAGAAUCACUGCUGAAGAUGGUUUGAAGCAUGAGUAUUUCCGAGAGACUCCCCUUCCUAUUGACCCAUCCAUGUUUCCAACCUGGCCAGCAAAAAGUGAACAACAAAGAGUUAAGCGUGGCACAAGCCCCCGACCUCCAGAGGGAGGACUUGGGUAUAGUCAAUUGGGUGAUGAUGAUCUGAAAGAUACAGGUUUUCACCUGACUACCACAAAUCAAGGAGCAUCAGCAGCAGGACCAGGCUUCAGCCUCAAGUUUUAAACUUAAUAUGAGGAGGGAAAAAAGACAGAGCUUUGACUUCAACCAUGCUGUUGAUGAAUGGAUUUCAAUGUGCUCCAGUUUUGUUCUUCGCAUCAGGAAGACUCUGUUUUACACAGAAAUAGCCAGAUGUCAUCUUGCUGGAUGUGGAAUAUAACUGCUGCAUUUCAUUCAGGGGACUGGAAUGAAUGAAUCCGAAACGCCAAGGAUCAUUACAAAAAUUCAAAAAGGAAAACUUGAAGUACAAUCUCGGAACUGGUUUUGUUUUUUUACUUUUUAAUUUUUUUUGCUUGUAAAUUUGUAGAAUUAAAAUCCAUUUUUAAUUGUUUAACAGUGUGAAGGAUUUCAUUUUCUUCACCUGCAUCAGACUUGGAUGGUGGUGGCACUAAAUCUUCUAGAGAGGAAACUUAAGAGAUUUUUCUCUCUCCAUCAUCCCCAUUUGUGCUUACACAAAUUGAAGCAUAUUGUCAGCACAGGUAGAAAAGCUCUUUUGUAAAGAUUAUCAUCUGUUUGAAUUCAGUUGCUUAUUUGAGCAAGAAACUCCAAAAGGCAUUUCUGAGGUGUCCCUCCUGUUCUGUGCUUAAUGCUUACUGACCUUUUUUGAGAGCACUGAUGGCCCCAAGUGGUUUCUGAUGGAUUGACCACUUCAUUGUAUGUAUAUAUUCACAAUGGCUGUGGUGCAGAACAAGAACUGCAAUAUUUUAUAAAUCAAAAAGAUUUAAAUCUUAUUUUCUAUAGGUUGUCUUGUUAAUGUCUCCCUUUUUUUCCCAAAAAGAAAAGGUAGGUGUACUGAAUUUACAGUGCUACCUUCCAUAGGAAUUGUCCUAGAAUGUCGUACUCUUACGUGUUUCUAAUUUAUAACUGAGAUGUCAGAAAGGAAUACUAUAAAAAGUUGGAUGUUCAUGCAGUUAGAAUUGGGCUCCAAUCCAGUAAUGUGCUUAAUCUGAAUGAUAUGAGUAGUCCCAUUGAUUUCAGUGUAACUAUUCAUGUGCUUAAAGUUAAGCAUAUUAAGUGCUUUGCUGGAUCAAAGCCUUCGAAACAGGAUUUUUAGAGAGAUUUGGAGGAAAAUAGAAAUGUGUAAAUUGUAUAAAAUAUUUUCUUAGGCCUAAUUUUCUAAUUUGCAGUGAAAGGGGGUUGGGAGGGAGAUUUUUAGUCCUGUUAUCUGUGUGCUUCUGAAACAUGCUGGAUUUUGGCAAGAUUGCACUGUAUUAGGCAUAUGUGGCAGUUAAAAUGUAUGGAAAAGCAGACUCUGUACUACAUGUCUCAGACUGCAGAGCAGGAGAACAUUUGGCAGUGACCUGCGCAAUAGCUGAUAAAGGAUUAAAAAUGUGAC